AUGCGUCUCAAAGAAUUGGAAAGUUCUCUUCAAAAUGUUGCAGUAUUUGAUAAGCCAAAAAUUGAAUUGGAACAAUAUUGUACAACACCACACCUUGCGGCACGCAUGCUUUUCACUGCACAUUUCAAUUAUGACGACAUUGAAGGCAAGACUAUUGCAGAUUUUGGCUGUGGAUGUGGCAUUUUAAGAGCAGCAUCGCAUCCAACUUUCUUGAUUCCGGACAUAGAUCCAUCAGCCCUUUGCAUUGCGCAGAAAAAUUGUUCAAAUCAUAAUGUUGAUGUGGAUUUUGUCCUUACUGAUCUCACAUUAGAUCCAUUACGUCGAUGGACAAAUAAUGUAGAUACGAUUGUGAUGAAUCCCCCGUUUGGAACGAAAAAUAAUAAAGGCAUUGACAUGAUAUUCCUAAAAAAAGCUCUUGAGGUUGCAACAACUUCGGUAUAUUCUUUACACAAAAGUUCUACACGGGAGCACAUUCUUAGAAAAGCUCAAGAAUGGAAUGUCGAAUGUGAAGUCCUUGCUGAAAUAAAG